AUGAGAUCAAGGAGUUCACUAGUCAUUUGUGGGAUUUAUGUGACAUCUGUCUUACACAAAUACAUUGAUUUUCAUAUUGAUGUCUGGAUUUUUCAUUUACAAAUGGUCGUAUCAAAUGACCAAAUCAUCAAGACUAUGCAUGAAACAUCUGUACGAGGUGUAGAAGAUAUGAUCACACUUGUUGAUUUACAUGAGCACACUAUAUUGAGGAAUCUGCACAUCAGAUAUAAUGAAAAUCUUAUUUAUACAUACACUGGGUCAAUUCUUGUGGCAGUCAACCCAUACCAGCCACUACCUAUAUACACAGGAGAUUAUGUCAAGGAGUACAAGGGACAGAAAGUGGGUGAUAAGCCACCCCAUAUAUUUGCUAUUGGUGACAGUAGCUAUACUGACAUGGCAAAAUUUGGUCGAAACCAAUGUAUUGUAAUCAGUGGUGAAAGUGGUGCUGGCAAGACAGAGAGCACAAAAUUAAUUCUUCAAUAUCUAGCUGCUAUAAGUGGCAAACAUUCCUGGAUUGAACAGCAAAUCUUGGAAGCAAACCCAGUGUUGGAAGCUUUUGGAAAUGCCAAGACGAUACGCAAUGACAAUUCAUCCAGAUUUGGAAAAUAUAUCAACAUCAAUUUCAGCCAAGAAUGUGUCAUUGAAGGUGCUGCAAUUGAGCAGUAUCUUUUGGAAAAGUCUCGUAUUGUUUCGCAAAAUAAUGGUGAACGUAAUUACCACAUAUUUUAUGAAAUGCUUGCUGGUUUGACAAUUGAUGAGAAGAUAAGCCUUGACCUCAGAGGACCUGCAGAUUAUCGUUACCUCACAGGGGGAGGCACUCUAACUUGUGAAGGCCGUGAUGAUGCCAAAGAUUUUGCUGUAGUCAGAGCAGCUAUGAAAGUCUUAAAUUUUAAUGAGAAUGAAGUCUGGGAAAUUAUAAAACUUUUGGCUGUGGUUCUGCACCUGGGAAACAUCAAGUACAAAGCCAGAGUUAUAGCUAACAUUGAUACAUCUGAGAUACCUGAUAAGGUACAUGCCAAGAAAAUUGCUGACAUACUUGGUGUACCAAUAGAACCACUUAUAGAAGCACUCACCCAUAAAACAAUAUUUGCUCAUGGAGAAAAAGUGGUAUCUGCACUUUCAGAAACACAAGCAACUGAAGUGAGAGAUGCUUUUGUUAAAGGAAUUUAUGGUCGUGUUUUCAUCUAUAUUGUGAACAAAAUCAACAACACUGUAAAUAAACAGGAUAUACCAACAAAAAAUUCAAUUGGUGUCCUUGAUAUUUUUGGUUUUGAGAAUUUUAAGUCAAAUAGCUUUGAACAGCUGUGCAUCAAUUAUGCAAAUGAAAACUUGCAACAGUUCUUUGUGCGACACAUAUUUAAAUUAGAGCAGGAAGAAUAUACACAAGAAGGAAUAAACUGGAAACACAUGGAAUUUGUGGACAAUCAGGAGAUCUUGGAUCUAAUUGGAAUGAAACCUAUCAAUAUUAUGGCACUCAUUGAUGAAGAAUCUAAAUUUCCAAAGGGAACUGAUAAAACCAUGUUAAAUAAAGUGCACAGAAAUCAUGGCAGUGACAAAUAUUUUCUCAAACCUAUUUCAGAACAUGAACAAGUAUUUGGUUUGAACCAUUUUGCAGGGACUGUGUAUUAUGAUGUUAAUGGUUUUCUUGAGAAGAAUCGUGAUACAUUCAGUGCUGAUCUUAAGCAAGUUGUGUAUAUUUCUAGUAACAAAUUCCUGAAAACAUUGUUUGCUGAAGACUUCAACCUUACAGAUGACACUAGGAAAAGGAAUCUUACAUUAUCAGUGCAGUUCAGAAAAUCACUGGAAGCUUUAAUGCAUACUUUGAGUUGUUGUCAUCCAUGGUUUGUCCGCUGCAUGAAACCAAAUGAAUUCAAGAAGCCAAAGUUAUUUGACAGAACGCUGGUUGUCCGUCAGCUACGAUACUCUGGUAUGAUGGAAACAGCAAGAAUAAGACGUGCAGGGUAUCCCAUAAGACAUACAUUCAAAGAAUUUGUUGAGAGAUACAGAUUUAUUGCUCCAGGAAUCCCACCAUCAAAUAAGACUGACUGCAAGGCAGCUUCAGGAAAGAUAUGUGCUGCUGUUCUUACAAAAGAAGAUUAUCAGCUUGGCCACACUAAAGUUUUUCUUAAGGAUGCUCAUGAUAGUAUUCUUGAAGAAGCACGAGAGAAAGCUUUGGCAAAUAGCAUCCUGGUCUUGCAACGAAAUGUUCGUGGCUGGGUACAGAGAAGAAGGUACUUAGCAUUACGCAAGGCUGCAGUUGUAUUCCAGAAGCACUGGAGAGCACGCGGACCACGUAUUCACUACAGGACUAUAAGACAGGGAUACCUGAGAUUACAGGCACUAAUUCGUUCCAGACAACUAAGGCAUCAGUUCAAAUUAGUUAGCACACAUAUUACAAGAUUACAGGAACUGCAGAACACUAUUGUCAAACAUAGAAGAAAUGAGGAAAAACCAAAAUGGGAAGACAUGAAAUGCAGGAAAGGCAUUGAGAGAAAUAAUUAUAAUUGGGAUUUAGAUUCCAGAGUUUUUCUUUUCACAGUUACAUUUUGGUACUCUUAUAGAAUUUUCUGGUUUAUAAAGCAGCCUUCAGACAAAAGAUUUUUACUGGCAGUUGAUGUGGCUAUUUACAACAAAAAGUGUGAAUCUCCUUUUUUAUUCAGCAUUUUAAAUGUGGAUGAAAAUGUAGGCAAUGAGACUGAUUUGGCUGCUAUGAUAAUAUACAUGCUAAUAAUAAAAAUGAUGCUAUCUGUUUAUGAAUCCAUAUCAACAGUCUCAAGUGCAAGAUGUCGAGGAUACCUUGCUCGCAAAAUGUUUAAGGAAAAAUCUCAGGCAAGAUUUGUCCCAUCUGUAUGUAUAAUUCCCAAGAACUUCUGUUUUAAAUGUAUAUGUUCAAGCAUUGAAUGCAAUUUGAUAGGGACCUCAGAGCCACAAAUAAUUUUACAGUCUAGUUCACAGAAACAUUCAUUGAAAAGUUCUUUUGUGCUUGAGCUAUUGCUCCUCAGUUUGAAUACAUUUACUUUAUCUAAUUUUAUAAAGUUGGUUACGUUCACUGUUAGAGCCUGUUGUGAACAUCCCAAAUCCUUAACAAGAAUGCUGAACAUCCAUUACAACUGCACUUACUCAUUUACACACUCGUUUACCUCAUCUACGUCUAGAACAACACUGAUGUCUUUUUGGGUUAUGUUCAGUUGCUCGAUUGCAGAUAUGAUGACUUUGGAAGUUCUACUCAUUAAGACAUAUUCAGAAAGAUUUUUACUUAUAAAGUUAUUCUACCAAGAAAUGAUGGUAGAACAGUUAAAAUGUGUAAUUGUGCCAUAUUACCAACUUUUGUUGGUGUAUCAGACAAGGAUUUUGGAGUUGGCAUCAUACAUGUUUACUAUUUUAGCUCUCUAUUUCCAGCAGCCUGUUCUUGAAUUAAUUAGUAUAGUUUUGGAAUUGAUGGAAGUAAUUCAUAUUGCAGCUACUGGUUUGUUUGGCAAUCUUUGUUCAGUUCAGCUUCUGAAAGUGUCUCCAUGGACACCAUUUUCCAUUAAGAGUGGAAGAAUUCUUGCUGAAUGUGAGAAACAGUUCAAUUUCCAAGUCACUGGUUGUCAUCCUUGGAGUAAACUACUUUUAAAGCCAUUGAGACUAAACAACCAUGUUGCAACAAUUUUUGUGCUGUUCAAGAAGAAACAGCAAGAAUUAUACACUCUGAGAGAGAAAGAAGAAAUGCAGUUGAAGAACUCAGGUACAAAGAAUUACAAGGCCAUUGCUGAACAGAACUAUAAGAAACGACUAUCAGAAUUCCUGGAAGAGAUGCAAACAAGAGAAUAUGGGCAUGCAGUUCAACCUGAGGCGUUUGAUGAAGACUCAAAUGAAUACAGUCGCAUUGUUGAUGAGCUGUUUGACUUUGACCACCAAGAAACCCAAGAGCUUACAGAUAAACACAUUGAUGGGAAAGUUGACAUACUACAGCCAGAUGAGGGUCCUAAAGAAGAUUUGUCUGAAUACAAUUUCAGAAAAUUUGCUGCUACAUAUUUUCAAGGAAACAUAACAUAUCAGUAUUCGAGGAGGCCCAUAAAACAUUCACUUCUGGAACUUCCAGUGGAGGCAGAUGAACUGGCAGCAAAGGCCCUCUGGAUUACUAUUUUGAGGUUUAUGGGGGAUCUCCCUGAACCACGCAAUGUAGAAGUAGAUAAUACACCUGUUAUGUCAAGAGUGACCACUACUCUUACAAGGAACUUUAUCAACAGCAAAGAGUACAAAAAAGCUCAAGCAAUAUAUCAGGAUAUUGGUACUGAGAAUCUCAAGAGCAAAAAUAAUUCUGAAAAUAAACGUAAGAAACUGAUAUCCAUGACACUGAAAAAUACUAAUAAAUUGGCUGCACAUGUCCGUCGAGGGCUACUCAGUGAUGAAUACCUGGAUGACGGCUACAGCGACUGGCUGGAAUCAAGACGUACAACUAAUCUUGAAAAACUGCACUUCAUUAUUGGGCAUGGUAUUUUAAGGCCUGACCUAAGGGAUGAGAUUUUCUGUCAAAUUUGUAAGCAACUUACAAACAAUCCUACAAAAGCAUCACAUGCUCGUGGAUGGGUGCUACUGUCUCUCUGUGUGGGUUGCUUUCCACCAUCGGAGAACUUUGCAAUGUAUCUCAAGGCAUUCAUUCGUGAUGGUCCUCCUGGCUAUGCUCCAUAUUGUGAACGACGCCUCAACAGGACAGUUGCUAAUGGCAGUCGCACACAGCCACCCAGUUGGAUUGAAAUGCAGGCAACCAAAGCAAAGAAGCCUAUGAUUGUUCAAAUCACAUUUAUGGAUGGCUCAUAUAAAAAUGUUGAAAUAGAUUCAGCAACCACAGCAGAAGAACUGUGUGACAAUCUGAGCCAAAAUAUUGGUUUGACUGACACAUUUGGCUUCUCAGUUUUUGUUUCUGUUAUGGAUAAGGUAACUUCAAUAGGAAGCACCAAAGAACAUGUGAUGGAUGUCAUUUCUCAAUGUGAACAGUAUGCAAAAGAAAAGGGAGUACCAGAGAAAAAUGCUCAAUGGAGGUUGUAUUUCCGCAAAGAAAUAUUUGCACCCUGGCACAAUACAGCUGAUGAUAGUGUUGCAACAAAUCUGAUAUACCAUCAGGUGGUCCGUGGUGCUAUGUUUGGGGAAUACAGGUGUGACAAGGAAAGUGAUAUAGCAAUGAUGGCAGCUCAACAGUAUUAUAUUGAGUAUGGAACAAAUAUGGAUGAAAAAAUUCUGUCCACACAGUUACCCAAUUACAUACCAUCUCACAUUUGGAAGAUUGACCCUGAUAAUAUACUCCCUCACUGGGGAAGGCUUGUUUUGGAUGCUUAUCAGAAGAGCUACUACGUCAAAGACACAGUUCCAGCAAGUAAAGUGAAAGAAGAUGUUGUGACCUUUGCGAAAAUAAAAUGGCCACUCCUGUUUUCAAAAUUCUUUCAAGCACAGAGAGUUGGUGGAUCAGAACUCCACAAAAACAAUAUAAUAAUUGCAGUGAAUUGGACAGGUGUAUAUUUUAUUGAUGAUCAAGAAGAAGUAAUACUCGAGCUGUCCUACCCUGAAGUCAGCAGUGUGACAUCCCACAAAAAAAUUUAUGGAAUACCACAAAAUUUUACAUUAACAACAACUCAAGGACUUAGCUUUGAAUUUAAGAGUCCUUUAUCAGCAGAAGUAGAAUCAGUUAUCAACUUUUUACUUGAUGGCUUGAAAAAGAGAUCUAAGUUUGUUGUCGCAACACAGGACUACAUCCCAGAUUCGGGAUCUUCUUUCCUAAUACUGAAGAGGGGAGAUCUUUUGAUUCUUGAAGAGGAGUUUGAUGGUGAUAAAAUAAUGAACUCUUCGUGGGGAAAUGGAAUCAAUGCCAGGACUGGACAGAGGGGUCAUUUCCCUACAGAAGUGAUUUAUGUGCUCCCUGCAGUAGUUAGGCCAGCACCAAAUAUUGUGGCUAUAUUUGAGAAAGAUCCCGUUCUGCGAAUGAAAGAGCAACAGUUUCGGAUUAAUACAGUUACUCGUCAGCGCAUGUAUGUGCUGAAAGAGUUCGCAAAAGAUCAUUUCAGGGAAAGUCAAAGUGUGGCACCACCAAAAGGUCAAACACUUAAGGAAGCUCGCAGAGUUGGUAUUGAGGAGUUGUGGCGCCACACCAGAGAGCCUAUCAAGCUAGCAUUGCUGAAGAAGGUGGCUGACAACAGUGACCUGUCCAAUACUGCAUGCAUAGCUUUCACAAAUAUUCUCAAAUACAUGGGUGAUCAACCAAGCAAAAGACCCCACAAUGGAAGUGAAUUCACAGACAAAAUAUUUAGCUGUGCAUUGAAAUAUGAUAUUCUGAAGGAUGAAAUUUACUGUCAGAUAAUGCGACAGCUGACUGACAAUAAAAACCGCUUGAGUGAAGAACGUGGUUGGGAACUCAUGUGGUUGGCAACAGGUUUGUUCUGUUGCAGCAAGAUAUUACUUAAGGAUCUGAUGCAAUUUUUAAUGACACGGAGCCAUCCAAUUGCCAAAACUUGCAUAAAUCGCUUACAGAGGACAAUGAGAUAUGGCCAGAGGAAGCAUCCUCCUCAUCAGGUUGAGGUUGAGGCAAUACAGCACAAGACCACAAGAAUAUUUCAUAAAGUAUAUUUCCCUGAUGACAGUGAUGAGGCUUUCCAAGUAGAUUCAACAACUCGCGCUGAAGACUUCAGUAGAAAUGUGGCAGAACGCUUGAAACUCCAAUCCUGGGAAGGCUUCAGUCUUUUUGUGAAAGUCUGGGAUAAAGUUUUCUCAGUGCCUGAGAAUGAUUUCUUUUUUGACUUUGUACAUGAGCUAACUCAAUGGAUGAGGAAGGCACGGCCAUCGAGAAAUGAGAGUGCUGUUCAAUUUCAGUAUCAGAUAUUUUUCAUGAGGAAGCUCUGGAUAAAUGUUGUCCCUGGAAAAGACAAAUAUGCUGACACAAUAUUUCAUUAUCCUCAGGAGAUACCAAAAUAUCUUAGAGGUUAUCACAAAUGUUCCAAGGCUGACACAAUUAAGCUUGCUGCUCUGAUAUACAGAGCUAAAUUUGGUGACAAUACACUACAACUUCAGUUUAUUCCUGACAUGUUAUCUACACUUGUACCCAAUGAUUUACACAAACUCCAAAGUGCAAGUGACUGGAAGAAGAGCAUCAGCUCAGCUUACAAACAAAAUGCUGGUAUGACAGCUGAUGCAGCAAAACAAGCAUUCCUGACAUACAUUUAUAAGUGGCCAACAUUUGGUUCUGCUUUCUUUGACGUUAAACAAGCCACAGAACCAAAGUAUCCUGAAGUAAUUAUAGUAGGAAUAAAUAAGAAUGGGAUUAGUAUUAUACAUCCAACUACAAAGGAUUUGCUGGAUACUCAUCCAUAUUCUCAGAUAUCCAACUGGUCAUCUGGAAACACAUUUUUCCAUGUUACUAUUGGUGAUCUUGUCAGAGGCUCUAAGCUACUUUGUGAAACGUCUCUAGGAUACAAAAUGGAUGACCUCCUCUCUUCAUACACAUCUGUAAUACAGUCUGCUGUACAUAAGAAAACAAGAGUUGCUACUCAACUUUGAUUCAGAAUUGAAGUACCUGCUGUAUUAAUUAUAAAGAGAUUAUUUAUAAAUUAUUAAAUACUUCAUUAUCACUACAUUUAAAUGAUGAUAUGAUGUAAGUUGUGAUGGAAACUGACAUUUUGAAUUACCUGCCACUCAUGUCCUCAGUAUUGAAAACAUAAAUUUAGAUUUUUGCAUUAUUCCUACAUGUUCUAGUUCCUAGUUCCACAGUUUUCCACAUCAACUUUGUGAGACAACAGAGAUUGAUUUGAUAUGUGAGUUUUGCUGUUGUGUCAAUGCUACAUUUGAUUGCUACUGUAUACAGAUGUCUCACUUACCAUAUAUCAACAUACACAUUCAUCACUCAUUACUGACUGCCUGCAAUUAAGUGCUUUCUAUUUUUGUGGUUAAAACUUCAGUAAGUUGACCUUUUUGUAGCAUGUCUGUCAUAAUGAGAGUAAACAUCUCCUGUGGCUAUAGCAAAUUUGUAAGUUCUAUUUCUUGCA